AUUUUUGGGCUGGGAAAUUUCAUGUGGUUAUGCUAAUGUAGACGCCGAUGAAAGAUUGUUAGAGGUUGAAUUAUGGAAUAUACUCGGUGAAUUAGAAUUAUGUGGGGGAAACAAGUGUGCAUCUAGUCUUUCAAUUUUAUACAAAUGCCUUCGAACGGUUAACCUUUUGGAAAAUCCUUACACUUAUCAUAGGAAAAUGCGUAUCAGCCCUUCUCGUGUUUACGCAAAUGCUGCAUUACAAUGCUAUGCUAGCCUCCGCUCGGUUCCCUUUUUAUCCCGUAGAGCUGUAUCUCAUUUCUGGAACUUGGCUAUUAAAGAAAAAGGCCACUUCAACUCUGAAGAAAAAUGGCUUGAAAUCGCGCUUAUUAGUGGCAAAAAUAACGACAUAUGGGAAAGUGCAGCAAAUAGGAUCUGUGAUCAUGUUUUUAAUUUAUCAAAAAGCGAAGAAACUCUUAAACCUAUUAUUAGCACAAACAUUCCACUCGUCUAUGUUUCUGAAGUUCAAGCACUUUUUCAUAUCAAGGAAGCCUUUUCCAACCUUAUUUCUAAACGACAGGGCACAAAUAAUAUUCUAAAGGGAUGCCAAUUUACCUUUUCUGAACUUCUCAGUGUUACCACACCUGCCUCUUUAAUGCAUUGGUAUGCAUUGGUUGGAUGUGUCGUCCAAGCUUUUCAUGAUGGUAAAAAUGAUUCUGGUACAAAACUAGUAAACAAAUUGAGGGAUGAAUCAAAGACUAGUGACAACUUGAAUAAACGGAUUAUUACAAUGGGUUUAUUUUCUCGAUCCCUCUUGAUUUGUGGUAAUAUUGAAUCUUCCAUUCAUUGUGCUGAUAAAGCUGUCAACUAUAUAUCUUUGCGAAAAAAUGAAAAAACAGAAACUUUAGAAACUGAUAAAGAUUUGGUGAUUGAUGAGAUUGUUAAUGAUGUUCAUGAUCUUGCAGAGUUUUGUGUUGGAUGGAUUAUUUUAGAAACAAGAAUUGUUGGACUAGGAAUUAUCGGACAUUUGUUAUCAAAAAAUAAUAAUAAACCAUUAUCAAAUGUACUUGACGAGAAACAUUUAAGAUCUUCAAUUGAUGUUUGGGCUCGUUAUCUACGCCGAUCAUCGAAAUCUAAU